GGCUUUUUUUUUUGGCUAGAAACUGGUGAGGGUGAAAAGAGAAAGGAGCAGCUGGGAAGAGCAGGAAAGAGAAAGGAAAGGGGAAGUUAAACCUUCCCUCCCUGUCUGUCUCAGAAAACCCAAUAUGGCAUCUUCCAUGAGGAGCUUGUUUUCUGACCACAGCAGAUAUGUUGAAUGUUUUCGGAGGUUUCUCAGCAAUUCCACGGAGCACCAGUGCAUGCAGGAAUUCAUGGACAAGAAGCUGCCAGGCAUAAUAGCAAGGAUUGGAGACACAAAAUCUGAAAUUAAGAUUCUAAGCAUUGGUGGAGGCUCAGGUGAAAUUGAUCUUCAAAUCCUCUCAGAAGCGCAGGCUCAGCACCCAGGAGUUCGUAUCAGCAAUGAGGUUGUUGAACCGAGUGCUGAACAAAUCACCAAGUACAAAGAGCUUGUAGCCAAGACAUCAAACCUUGAGAACAUAAAGUUUACUUGGCAUAAGGAGACAUCAUCUGAAUAUCAAAAUAGAAUGAUGGAGAAAAAAGAAAUUCAGAAGUAUGACUUUAUUCAUAUGAUUCAGAUGCUGUAUUAUGUAGAAGACAUCCCAGCCACCCUGAAAUUCUUCCAUGGUCUCUUAGCUACCAGUGCGAAGAUUCUCAUUGUUCUUGUGUCAGGUAAGUUAUUUUCCUUCAGUUUGAAUUUUAAAACGUAUGAAUGUUACGAUCUUCUGUCCACCAUGGACGUAUCUGACUGCUUUAUUGAUGGCAGUGAAAAUGGAGACCUGCUUUGGGAUUUUUUGACAGAAACCCGCCACUUUAAUAAAACAGCACCACCUGAUCUGAAAGCAGAAAUUACGAAAGAUCUGCAAGAACCUGAGUUCAGCAUCAAGAAAGAGGGAAAGGUUCUUUUUAAUAAUAAUCUGAGUUUCAUAGUGGCUGAGGCAUAAGUAUCCAUCAUGAGAACGUAUUCAAAAAUUGUAUUUUGAACAGCGUUGAUCAUUCACUUAAUUCUGUGUUAAAAUUAUAAAUACAUCUCAUAACAUAAACGGAGUAUUGUCCCUUAUAUGUAAAAUCUAGAAAAGUCCAAGAUAUUCUUGGACUUCCAUGUAGAAUUAUAUAUGACAAAUGGUCUUAAUUCUAUCGCUUCUCCAGGUAGAGAGGAUACAUGAGGGCUACAGACCGCAAAAGCUGGAAAAAUGAGACAACUCAAUUUCACUGACUUAUAUCGUGAUAAAAUUCUUCUCAUUUGUUGAUUGUAGUGGAAUUUCCUGGACUACCAAUAAAAUAUGUGUUAUAGAUUCUUUAAAUACUAGUAAAGUAUAUACUUACUGAUAAUCCUGGACGUUAAAAAAUGAUUUUUUUCCUUUUUGUGAAGUAUUUGUCUAUGUGCAUUACUCUGUUGUAGUUUCUUAUUUUUAUUGAUUACUAAAAAUAAACACUUAAGAUGUUACAAAA